AUGGUAUUAGUGGGAAAAAAGAUUAUCCAUUUUCAUGAUGUUCUUUUUUCCUUAUGCGUGCAGACAACAUCAAGGCGCCUUGCAAAGAGGAAGGUGGAGAAAUUCCAGAAGAACAUAACAAAGAGAGGAGCUGUGCCUGAAACGUCCACAAAGAAAGGGAAUGAUUAUCCUGUAGGUUCUAUACUGCUUGGGUUCUUCGUGUUCGUUGUCAUCGGAUCAUCUCUCUUCCAGAUUAUCAGGACAGCUACCAGCGGAGGCUUUGCAUAAGCUUGC